AUGGGAAAUUUAGCUUGCUUGGGUGUGUCCCGGCAACCGUUGGCUAGAGAGAUAAAGACAUUGGAGACCGGGUUCAUGCAAUUGGGCAUCUCAGAGAAAGGUGGGGUGUUAGCUAGCAUUAAAGUUAGGCCCAUUUUCAUUGAGGACAUUAAUGCCAAGCAGUUUAAGGAUGAGAGUUUGAAUGAGCUCAGAAACAAAACAGAGGCAGAAAAUGUUGCUCUUGAUGCAGGUGGUGUGCUCAGUUUUAGGGGGAGGAUUUGCAUUCCCCGAGUGGAUGACUUGAUUCAAAAAGCGUUGAUAGGACCUCAUAGUUUGCGGAACUUUAUUCAUCCAGGUGUGACCAAGAUGUAUCGCGACUUUAUUGGUGGCUUGGUAAAGUAUGAGCCUCAAAGGCCUGCCGGUUUGCUACAGAAAAUGCCAAUCCCUGAAUGGAAGUGGGAAAUGAUAGAUAUGGACUUUGUGGUUGGACUUUCCAAGACCAUGGGAAAGUUUGACUUCAUUUGGGUUGUGGUUGACAGACUGACUAAGUCAUCCCACUUCAUUCUAGUCAGAGUAGACUAUAAUGUCCAGCAGUUGGCAAGGAUUUAUGUUAAGGAGAUAGUAAGGUUGCAUGGGGUGCCCCUUUUUAUCAUCUGA